CGGCGGGCGAGCAGCACCACGUGCUGUACUUCCCCGGCGACGUGCAGAAUUACCAUGAGGUAAUGACUCAUCAUCCUGAGAAUUAUCAGUGGGAAAACUGGAGCCUAGAAAACGUUGCCACCAUUCUAGCCCAGCGGUUUCCCGAUAGCUACAUCUGGGUGAUAAAGUGCUCUCGAAUGCAUUUGCACAAGUUCAGCUGCUAUGACAACUUUGUGAAAAGCAACAUGUUUGGUGCCCCAGAGCAUAACACUGACUUUGGAGCUUUCAAGCAUCUGUAUACAUUAUUAGUCAAUGCUUUUAACUUAAGUCAGAAUGGUGUGCUAUCAAAGAAUGGAAAUGUUUGGAAUAAGGACUCCAAAGCAUCUAACAGUAAGUCUGGUUCUCCUUCUGCUAGUAAUGGUUGCCAGGGAGAAAAAGAAAGGGCCUGUGAAAAGUUCGACGAGUCUGCGAUGAGUUCUUAUUCACCAUCACUAAAUGGUGCAUCUUUUACUUUGAUUGGAUUUAGUAAAGGAUGUGUUGUUUUGAACCAGUUGCUUUUUGAAUUGAAAGAAGCCAAGAAAGACAAGAACAUAGAUGCUUUCAUUAAGAGCAUAAGAAGAAUGUAUUGGCUGGAUGGUGGUCAUUCCGGAGGAAGCAAUACAUGGGUUACAUAUCCAGAAGUCUUGAAAGAGUUCGCACAAACGGGGAUUAUUGUUCACACGCAUGUAACACCUUACCAAGUACGAGACCCAAUGAGAUCUUGGAUUGGAAAGGAGCAUAAGAAAUUUGUCCAGCUACUUGAAGAUUUUGGUGUGCAGGUGACAAGCCAGAUUCAUUUUGCAAAGGAAGCUCCUUCUAUAGAGAAUCACUUCAGGGUUCAUGAAGUAUUUUGAGAUGAGAAUAUUAAUGUACUUGUUCAGAGGAAGAGCAGAAGCACCUGUUACAAGUUCAGAUAAUGAGGUGUAUGACAGAAUUCCUAGAUGGAGUGUCAGAUUAGGGUCUGGGGAAAGCACACAUUCCUAAACUGUGAGUGUAAUGUGAAUGUGAGCAGUUUGCAAUUUGGAGUGGACUAGAAUUAACAGUUCAUUUGAAAUCUAAAAUGGUUUGUGAUAAUCCUAUAAGGAGAUAAAAGACCCUUAAAAA